AGCUUACCUAGAGACGAAUAAUAAUUUCAGGAGAGAUCCGACGAAGUACAUGAAAUCUCAGUGUCUAGUAGUAUGUACAAGGUUUUAUUGGCAAAUGCGCUGAGUUGGAUUUUGUUGCUGUGUGUCUCCCACUUAAGUUGCUUUUCAUCGGAAGCUCUGCCAGCCGGAAACUCGCCGAAGGGCAGCCGAUGGGAGGCGAGUGGUUCCGAAGAUGAUUCGGAUAGCAUAGAGCGGGCACACAUCUCACCGGAGCAUCAAGUGUAUAUGAGACUGACGAGUAGUAAACAACAAAUAAACAGGAACUUGCAUAAAAAACCUCCCACUUACGUGCGGAGGGGAAAAUUAUUUAAUCGCAAUGGUUACCUUUUAAGAAUUAAUCGUGAUGGAACCGUGGAUGGGACUACAAACAGUUAUUCUCCUUUAGGUGAUUUAGAAUUCCACUCCAUCGGGACUGGGUUGCUUAUGAUCCUGGGUUUGACAAGUCAAAGAUAUUUAUCAUUCAGUGAAAAAGGAGUUUUACGCGGAAUAGAAGAGCCGUCGCUAAACUCCGUUUUUAAGGAAGUUCAGGAAGAAAACACAUAUCAUUCGUUUUUGUUAUACAAAAACACAAAAUGGUUAGUUGGAAUAAAGAAGAACGGCCGGGCGAAGGGUGGUUCUUUAACAAGAGUAGGUCAAAAAUCGACGCAAUUUAUAGUUGACUAUAAUUAACGUUCUAUUAAUCUAUUAUUUAAGUGAUGUUAUCUGUAAAUUAAAUACAUAAUUUAAAUACUAGUCAGUCAGUCAAGUGCAAAUGUUUCUGUUCCAAAAAAAAAAAAAAAAACCUGGAAGGAAGCCUGAAAUUUGACCAAAAAAAAGUUAACUUACAAUUUGUGUAGGAGAGACGUUGCUUUGUUCUUCUCCGCAUUCUUUCUUGUAGAAGAAGGAACUUGAAAUUUGCUGUAAUUGCGGCUGUAACGAUGAUGUCGUUUCGUGUUUAACAUGAAAUGUCAUGACGUAUUUUUGUUUUAAAUUGAAGAUCGAGUCUUCAAAAUUGUAAAUUGAAUCACUCGUAGUAAGUGUACAUUGGAAUUAAUUUAUUUUACUGACUUGUCUCGGACAGUCCCAAAUAUUGACCGCAGGCGGUGAAAAAUGAAAGAAAAAAUAUAAAAUUUGCUGAUUGAAGAAAGAAAAUGUUGCGAAGCGACUUGCAAAUUUGGUUUGUGAAAAUGCAGCCAUACCAGAAACAUUUGUAUUUGCACUGACGUACUUUUUGUACCUUAAUCACUCUAUUUGACCGCGUUGAAUACGCAUGUAGUACGCGUAUAGCUUGUGUCCAACGCGCAUUUUAGCGCAUGGUACGUCGAUUCGUAAAACGUGAUCGGAAUUUUAGGGGAAAGACUUGAAAUGUUGUGUUGGUGGGAAAGGAGAGCGGGAAACGCCCAUAAUAUAGCCAAACCAUCUCUGCGUGAAAUUUAUCUCGUUCCAAAUUCGAGCAUGGAACGGGAUUGAAAGAACGAGCUCAACUGGGUCCUUAAAGUUUUAACGCACGUGCUUUUUACGGCAAGCCGCUGGCCGAUAAACCUCACGGUAGUUUUUGAUUGGUGAGAAUGAUUGUAUUCUCGAAGUUUUGCUCCACAAAGAUUUCUUGACAACGGCUGCUAAUGCCUGAUAGUUUUUCUGUGAUACCAAGUGUAAUAGGCAGCUGUUUUGCCUUGUCGAAGUAUUCCGAUUCCUACCAAGAAUUGACUACAUCAUCAAACACAGCGGUAGAACGUCUGGGAAUGUGCAAGCGUUGUUAUGAACAGGUGGCCUUUUUUCAGGCUGUCACAAACAAGUCAGUAAGUCACCGUGUUUUAAAAGCAUAUAACUUUUCUUGGUAAAGCUCAAAAUAAACAAGAUACCCGCACUUAAACUAGGCUUUGUGUGCGAGAAGUUUCGAGCCUUUCUUUUCCCUACUUUUGUUGUCUUUUACAGAUUUCUGUCAACAUUUCAAUUUUCUGUCGUUCAUUGCUUCCCUGGAAAUUUAGCGCGGGAAAUUGGCGCGCGGUUGUCAGAAUUGAUUCUUUCGCGCAUGCCCGACGUUCAACCGCUGUGCAUCAUCAAAUGUUUACUAUAGUUAUUUUCAGUUAAGUGAUUAGGGUUCGUCCAGGUACAUAUAUAUUGUGUCAGAAUUUGGGUGUUUCUUUUUCAAUAGUCGUGUAACGAUAUUAAUUUCUCUGUAAAAGCUAGGGUGGUACUACCCGUCCGCUCAAAUCUUUUUUGCAAAAUUGUGAUGUUUUUCUUACUAUGUAAGAACAAGUAAGCACUUCUGGGGCUUCCGAAAAAAAUUCAGACAUGUCAGAAAAUUAAAUCUCAAAAAGUGACGGUCUACUUAAAGUUUCCUUGCGAUAGCGUUAGAUUAAGUUUUCGUAGCUACUAUUGGCUAAAAAUGUUAAACCAAUCAGAGUAAGUUUACAGUACUUGUAACCAAUUAGCAGCAAAGUUUACUCUUAUGUACGUUGCUUUCGUUUCGUUGCGUAUUUCGCUGGCUGCCGUUUUCCUGUGCCUGCAACACGUUUCUUCUACUUGGGGUUUUUUGAUUGGUCCGUUGUAAGAGGUCAGUUUGUGAUUGGUCAACUGGAAAUAACAUUAUAGCAACCGUUGUUUCAAGCGAAGAGGAUUUUUGGUUUUUCCCGUUAACAAGGGAGCAUAUGUUUUGAAACUGGCUACAACAGUCCUUGAAUUUGCUAGUCAACGAAUCGAACCGUGGCGAAGAGUAUAGGGUAUAAUGAGUCUAGAAAAUAUUUUCAUUUCGAUCGCUAGAUAUUAAGAUAUAUUUUUGUUGAUCAACAGAACUUUAAAAUAGGUUCCUUUACCUCGUUAGUCGCUCAAAAUUACAGUCGUCUUUAAUAAUAUUAUUUAAUGACUGGCGAUUCAUCGUACAGAAAUACCUCACAUUAUUUAUUUAGCACGGUUUGCCCGUUAGGUAAACCUUUCACUUCCAAGAUUUCAUAGUAAUGCUCCUGUCUAUCUUAGUUACAUUACCGUUGAUGUAAGGUAUGAGAAUUUGGUACGAAGUCAAAUGUUUUUCUCUGGUUGAUGACAAUCCCAUCGCCCACCUGCCUAAUAUUGUAUUGAUACUGUUCAC